GAGAGUGCAUAGCAACCUGCAAGCUCCACGCUACAGAGCACAGGGUUCCUCACAAAACCUGCAGCAUUUUAACAUCCCACCGUCUGUUUCUCCACCAAGGAAGCAAUCAUGGCGUUCUUCGGUCUAACAGAGAUGGGUUACCAGGAUACUAUCAGGGAAAAGGUGGUCAACCCCACGUUUAACCCGCAGUAUGACCCCAUGGACAAACUCCCUCCAAUCGUGGACCGAGAAAAGCUUCCCCGACCGUCCAUCAUUCCUAUAAACCAGGUGUCUGCAUACGGCGCGGGACCCCAGGGAUCGUACGUAGAAUACACCAGGCAGAGGACGAAACAUAUCAGAAACCCUAAAGGUCCACUGGCUAUAUACAGAGAUAAGACAAUCACAUCUCACGACUAUGGCUGGUGGAAUAAGGACGCUCCCCUGAAGCAGAAGGAGCCGUGGACGCAUGUGAAGAGACACGUGUUUGUAAACAGUGAAAUGACAAGAUUUGUAAAUGAAAUGAGCCUUACCAACAGGGAGUUUUCACUGUUUUAAAAGGAUUUGCAAAGCCUCUUACAAAGACAAUUUUAUCUGAUUUAUGGAAGGAAAUUUUGAAGCAAGAAGACUCAAGAUCAGUACAUUUUGAUGGAUUACAAAACAUUUGGGAUUGAAAAUAUAUUUGUUUGUGAUUUAAUUGAAGAG